AUGCUGAUGGAGGUGUGUUACACUAAUGGUUUGGAGCCUGACCUUUCCCAGCAGUAUCCUCCACCCUUACUGCCAAAACCAGGCAAAGACAACGCAAGGCUUCAAAAACUCAAGAAGAAGAGAGGAAAGAAAAAAGGCAGCCUUUCUCAGACGCCCAUUCCCUUCCGCUCCUGUUUGUCACCUGUCAACGAAGCGAGCACAGACCUUGAGCACAGUGACCAGUGUAGCCCACCGAGGUCACCAGAUUCAGUUUUGAUUGCAGACUCAUCCAUAUCAUGUUUCCCUUCUGGCCCAUACUACAACCACACUGCAUCUGCAUUUCCUCAACAUCAGAACAGCGUUCAUGGACAAACUGGCAGCUUUGACCCUCUGCCCCAAUCAGCUGACAUCAGGAGUUCCCAGGAGCAGGUGGCUCCGCUGUUUGAGUGUUCCUCUUUCUUAUUUGACGAUGCGGCCCCUUUCAUGAUGCCCCCUUUAACAUCACAAACUGUAUGGCCACCAGAUCAGAUCCCCUCACUAUGCCCUCCCUCUGCUUUCAAGUGCAACAUGAGUUCCAAAUCAAAUAGGUCAGUCACAACGGUUUCUCCAUUCGCUGCAUCGCAAUCCAGCCCAAAAAUAUCAAUGCAAAGUCUGAUCCUAUCCCCUGCUGCCCCCAACUCUGGUCCAUGCCUGGCACCUACUCAAGUUUCAGCUCUGUCUCCUGUUCCAGUUCCGCUAUCGAUUUCAAACACUUACACACAGCAUUUCAUUCCCAGCCAGAGGGAGACAAAUGCUGAUUUAAAGGAUAACUCAACAAAAACUGCCACAGUCAACAGCAAUGACAGCAGUGUUCUUCAACAAAUGCCAUCUGAAAUAACCGCCUCAAAAAUAUCACUUGUUGAUGGAGUGAAGAAGUCAAGAGUUGAAGCCAUGCAAGCCAAGAUAUAUACAUCAAAAGCAACAUUUCAUGAGAUCUCCAAACCUCCCUCCAUGCAGGACUUCACAGUUACAAACCCAGCUUUCUUACCUGCAACAUAUUGUGAGAAAACAGCAGGGUCAGUGGUGAACAUUGAUCAGAAGCUGUCAUCACCUAGGACACAAAGUGCAAGAUCCCAAAAUCUUUCCUACACACCAACUCAAAUAUCAAUACCUAUCUUUGAAAUAACAAACCCAAACCCACAUUUAUCCAUGGCAAGUCCUGCUUUCAACCCCUCCCGAGAUUUACAAGCGCCCAUUGUUCCGAAAGAGGCUCUGGAAUCCACCUCAGCAGUUCAAACACACUCUAUAAGUAAGCCUCCAACUGUGACAGAUGAACAAAUGCAAACUAAUUUUAAUAGCAUGUCGGCCAUCAAGCCAGUUUGUAAAGAGAUGGAGAUUCCUAACACAGGAAAGAGUCCAAUAAAUCUAAAUCUUGGCACUGCUGAGCUGAAUCACAAGGAAAACACAACUAUGUCAGACAAUUUUUUAGUCAGACCAUUGCUUGCAGACUUAGACAACCCCAAAACAAACCAUGUUUCAAAAACUAUACCUUCAUCUUUGCCAAAAGUUCCAUCGUUUCUUUCUGCACCACAGAUUCUGUACCCCACACAAAUAGUUUCAAUGCAAGCAUCCCUAAGUCCAAGCCCAGUGUUGUCCACCUAUCAUCCUCCGGUAGUUGAGGCACGAAAGUCUUUGACAUCCCUACUGGAGACCCAAAUGUCAUUAGUAUGUUCCAAACCCAAAUCCCGUUCUGUGUAUUAUGGACUUACUCCAACUGAGUAUGCUGCAUAUGGUGGAAUUAGGACCAGUGUGUCACAUCAGCUCUCUGCACAUCCCAAGACUGAUGAAACCUCAGACAAAACCCACUCAGGCAAAUUUGUAGAUGGAUCAGACGUCUCAAAGUGUGACAAUCAGAUCAAUGGACCUGAGGACCUACCUCCUGUGGUUCACAAUAAGCGAUCGUCUCAUCCAGAGAUUCCAGACGAACAGAUUUUCACACAUACCAGUGAUGUAUUUGAGGAAAGCCGAUCUGGAGCUGAGAGUAUUGGAAUUCAGUCUAUUAACACAGCUAAUGUGGAAACAAUCCAAUCCAAGCUUUCCUUUGGAUUGACACAGAAAAUAAUACAACAAUCCACAAGUGAUGUAUCCACACCAAAAGCUUCAUGCUCAGAGGCUUCAGUACCAAUACAUAAAGCAGGUGAGGUACACACAAAAAAUCUGGCACACAUUUUUACUGAGGCAGAGCUAAGAACAGCCCCAUGUCUAACUGAUAGCAAUCAUUCAACCAACUCUUCCUCAUUCUUUGUGAAAGACUUUAAUAUAGAAACACAACUUAAAGCAACAAGUGGUGAUGCUGUUCAAAAAGUCUCUAAUCUUGACAAAAGCCCUUUAGUGUCUAAUCUAGAUCACACUGGGGAAUGCAUCAUUUCAAAUAAAAAAGAACUGUCAGGAAAUUUAAGAAUAGUUGCCAUGAAAGAGAGUGAACCAACAUCCCAUUGUGCCAAUGUUCAAUCUAUUGCAAGAAUAGAAAAAAUGGUGGCAGACUCUGAAAACAUGUCUGUUUUUUCUUCACCAACACAGACAAGACAUAAAUUCUCAGAAACGCAAGUUGCAGAAAAUGUAGCCUUCUUGGGAAAACAGUCAACCAAACUCAUUUUAGACAACCCCCUCUCUAGCAGAGCAGCAAGUGAAGAUAUUUUAGAUAAUCAAAAGCAAGAAGUAAUUCACAAAACUGAAGCUAGCGAUAGUAUUUUACCAAAUAAGUCAAAUGUGGGGAAUACUCUAUUAUCUGUGACUGUUAGUACAAAAAACACUCCUAACAACAGUAUCAAUGAGAUACAGUUUUCAGAAAAUUUAGCAAAAGUGCUAAAAAAUAGUACAACUUUGCUUCAUGAACCUGUUACAGCAUCUCUUUGCUCAGGGCAGCACCAUGUUUGCACAGCACCUUCCCCUAAGGUAGGUGGGAAAAUGACUAAACAGAACACAGUAACUCAAGUUUGCAGAAAUAUCCAAUCACAAGAGAGCAAUUCCCAUUUGCUUCCAUCAAAUACAUCAAAUGCACCUGCUGUAAACAUGAUUUUACCAAAUACAGCAACCAUAGAAACCAAAGCGCAUGUCUUACCUGUUACUGCGAUCAAGUUCGCAGAGUUUUCAAACAAUAAUUUUCCUUCAGAAACAAACUUGUUGCAUCUGUUAAUAACAAAGAACGAAAAGCUAAACGACACUCUGAGAAAUGCACCCAUAAAACCACAAGCUAAUCUAGGCUGGAAAGGCCCAACUAAAGUUGUGGAAAUAGAAAAUGUAGUUGCAAACCCAUACACAUGCACAAAAGCAGCAACACAAGUAGAAGAAAACAAUCUUAAUACUCAAGUGCAUCCAUUUAUCUCCUCUUCCCACGUCAGAGCAGAAAACCUUCAAACAAAACCAGCUGCUAAUCUUACAAAAGAAAACUCAAGUAUCCCAAGCAAUGAAUUUAACAUGUUCAACGAGUUGUCUACAAACCAACUAAGGGUGUCCAACAAUUCUGUUUUAUUUUCUCAAGUUGGAGCUGCAGAGACUACUCAUCAUUUCACAGCACAACCAAACAACAUCCAUUUGGAAGAUAUUCCAACCAGUCAAUCCAAAGUUCCAAAUAAACUUCACAUGGAAGCCUUUUUACCGGUAACAACAGAACCAGCCAUGAACAAUAAACCAUCAUGUAAUACUCCAAAGAGCAGUGGACCUAAAGUCCCCUUCAGUCCAACAUUGAGACGCAUACCACCAAAAAGUCCUCAGAUCACAUAUGAGAACUUAAAAAGUCAAUCUGCAGCAAAGUUGUCCAUAAGUGAAACAGUUAAUGGCCCUGUUGGGGAUAAAUUGGCUGUAAACCUUCCUUAUACAAACAGUUCAUCUGAGACACCCAGUCAACAAAUUACUAGAAAAACUACUGAAAAAGAGACAUUUUCUGUCAUUCAGUCAAAUACGGAUCGUAAUUUGUUAGUAAGUCCAUGUCCAAAAGUUCCAAAAGUUUUACCAUCCACAGUGGAAACACAGGCUUCCAACUCUGCAGGUCAUCCUGAGAUUUUGGUUAACAGUAUUAAACAGGAAACCCAACAGAUAAUAAAGAAAGGUGUGACCCCUUCACCUGAAAUUAAUGUUCUCACAUGUGUGGAUUUAGUAAACUCUCAGACUUUAACAAAACAGUUUAGUUCUGUUAAUAGAUCUCCUACGUUUUCUGAAAUUAACAACCAUGGUGUAAACCUGCCGUCCUUCUCACAAGUUCCUGCAAAUGAACCCCGUUGUAAAAACACCCAGCCUCUUAAUGAACCCACCAAAGUCCCGCAUAGUCCAACUGCAACCAAAGCAUGGGCUGCAAUAAGAGCUUCCCCUCUACAUGAGCCGCAGGUGUGUUAUAUACCAAAACAAACAUGUAUGCCCUCCUUACCACAAACGUGCCAAACUCCUGUUUCUUUUACCCAGUUGACAGAAACAAAAACCUCAUCAGUUAAUGUAAAAGAACAGAAAAUAUCACCAGUUUCACCUUUUGAAAAUGACACACGAGCUAGUAAUGCUCAACAGUCCAUCAUGAAAAACAUCUCAAAGCAGGGAAUAAAAAUGGCAGCAAAAGACACUUUAGUCCCUGAGGUGAAAGUACAUUCCCCAAUGCCAUGUAAAAAAACAAAUCAUUCUUCAGACUCACAUACACAAGGAAAUCUCUCCUCACUAAACCCUACAUGUAGCAUGCCCAACCAAAGUAGCGAACCAGUUUUCAACAGUUCUACAAGUCUAAAAGCAAUUUCUUCUACUCAGCAAGUAGAACCAACACCGUCCUCUACAAUCACAGAUAUGAAUCUUUUAGUUGCACAUACGGAGUCCUCAAAGUCUCCCAUCAACCCGAUCCAGGUUAACUCACACAUGACUAAUAUUCAGUCUUUAACAGAGCAGCUGCUAGAAAACACUUGCCUUGCAAAGCCAUCAAAAGAUACUGUCAUAAAACCAUCCAUAGUUAAAGAUGCUGUGAUUGAUUCUACCACUCCUACCUCUCUGCCUCAGGCUGCAGGCUCAGUAAAAGCUCCACCAAACAGAGGAACAUCACCGCCAUCUCAGCAAAAAACUGGCCUCAAAAUCAAGGACCUUCUGAAGGCCAAAGGCAAAGUGGCAUCAAUAGAAGUUCCAGCAGUCGAGCCCUUCACGAAGUCAGCGACAUCAACUGCAUCUUCAGUUACUGACAAAAAGUCUGUCGCAGAGGGAACAUUGUCUACAUCCACUGAGGCUAAAGCAACACAAAAGCCAAAAGGUCUAAAGGGUAAGCUCAGUGGGUGGACACGGCUAAAAAAACACAUGGUUGUUGAACCAGACGUGCCUAAAUUUCCAGAGCCAGAAGCCAAGCCUCUGGGAAAUUCCAAUGGUGGUGAAGAAAUUACAGUUAAAGUUCCUAAUGAAGUGGCUGUAGUCCAACAUACAAAUCAGGAGGUUAAGAACCAGGACGGUCCAAAGGCAUUGAAGAUGUGGGAUGCACUUCUUUUUCAAAUGUUCUCUACUAAAGAACGAAUCAUGAACCAAAUGAACGUCAACAAGGAUGACUCAGAGAAGAAAAAAUCCUCCAAAGAUGAACAGGCAGCAGUUCCAUCUUUCGUCAAUCGCCUGCCCAUUUUACUGUACAGCCCUCGGUUUGAUGCCAGGAAGCUGAAAGAGGCAGCAGAGAAGCCGCUUGCAAAAAUAGCAUCGGUUUUUGAAAAGGGGUUGAUAAAACGCAAAACACACGAGGAAGACCGGAAGGAUUUCAACAGAACAGCCAAAGGAUUUGGUUCAACAAAAACUACCGAUGCAGCCGAUGAAACUUAUGAAUGAGGUGAUUUGUAAGCAAAUCAUUUUAUUUGUGGUAUACCACAAAAUAAAAUGAAGCCAGGUUUUGAUUCAGUAGGACAUGCAAACGACAAGACAAUUUAAUAAUGUAAGCAACAAAUUGGAUAAAUGAUGGGUUACUGCUUGAUCACAUGAAUUUGUCCUAG